UUCACGUUGAUUGGAUACCUUAUGUUUCCUCAGUGUUUAUAAACUGGGACGAGGAGGUGUGCCUGGCUCAGUGUACGGCGCAGGCGCAGACUACACUGACAGUGUUCUUGAUCGUGAAGUAUCGGUAAAUCAAGGGAAUUUUGGAGGGCAUUGGUCCAUAUAAUUAUAAUUCAAGAAUAUUGUGUAAGACGAGUGAAUCAAGCCAGAAAAAUCAGUUAAAACCUGAGUGACACAAGACUGCACUGCUUUGAGCGUGAGAAAUGUGACAAUCCAACACAACGAAACUAUUGUGGGGUACACCAACUUGUUAACAGACAUGCAACGCUGUUUGGGAUAUCACAAGAUUAUUGAGAAACAUGCAAGGUUGCCCUUCGUGUAAUACUGUUCAAACAAUAUACCGGCAACAAAACACCAAGAUACUGUUAAUGCACACAGAGCGGGAACUGUAUCACGAGAUCUACCAUUUAUGACACAAGCGUGCAUUGAUCUUUGCAUGACUGGUGUGAUCCAAACACACCUGUUGUGAACAUUACAGACUAUUGUCUGUACCAGAUUAUUACCGGACAUGCACGAAUGUUGUGAAUACUACAUGAGUGUUGAGAAACAUGCCCAGUUGCGAUGUAUGCGAUAAGGUUAACACUUUUUACAGGAAACAAAGUGCUGAACACGAACUACUUUCAAUCCACACAGAGCGGGCAAUAUAUUUAAAGAAGUCAAAAAAAAGGAAUAAGACACGUGACGAACUUCUUAAGAGACUGUCAGCGUUACGCAACAGUGGUGGUGGUGUUUUGUUGAUUCAUGUAAACGGAACAAGAGCUGGGGACAGAUGUCUGAAGUAUUUUGAUGAGUUUGUCGGCAGAAUAGUGACCCACUUGCUAGAACCCGGAGAAGUCUAUGCCAACACCUACAGACGUCAGUGGUUACAGGACAUCUUGGAGGAUUGUCCAGACAGUGCUGCAUUUAUUCAUAUACGCGUCGCAGCUGUGACAGGUGUAGCUACUGUAGAUUUCAAUACAAAGCUUGGCAAGGAUUAUGAGAAUGUAAUUCCCACAACACAACAACUACUCACUGUACGAUCACAUAUUCUCAAAGCUACUGACCCUGUACUUAGAAAUCUACCACCUGACAAUCAACAGUUACAUGAAGAUAUUCACAUUCAGUUAAAAGGCUUUCCACCACAACAUACCCUAACUGAAGCAAUACAAAAAGAUGCAACCGACUUUGUGGAGUACCUGUGGAAUAAGCUUAAAUUAAAGGAUAGCAUAACUUCUAUGUCAAAGAUUCCUGAAGGUGGAUCCUUCUAUUUUGGAAUAGGUGAGAAGAGUACAGCUAAGACCGACACAUAUGAAACAAUUAUUCCAGAUGUACAUGGAUUUGAGUUAAAAGUGGGUGAGGGAGAGUUAAAGAAAACACUCAAGUCAAAGCUACGUGACUGUGUACUAUGGGGUCGAAGUGAGAACACUUUCACUGCUGUCCCUUCUGAUCUGAUUGCUAUUGCAUUUCACACAAAUCCACCUCAUCCUCAGAGAUGUGUCCUAGAGGUGGCUGUGAAGUGUGUUGAAGGUGUUGUGUUCUGUGACAGCCAUGGACCUAGAACAUACGUGAUGAAAAACGGACAAAUUGACAGAAUGGAAACAGGUAUGUGGUUAGAAAGAAUAAUGUAAACCCAUACAAUUAUUAGAUGCUUACUCUGUUUUGAAAUCACUUGAAGCAGUUUGUUCCCAACAUGUCCGGAGAGAACAGCGAGUCCAAGGCUUCUUCUGGUGACAUUCAUCAUUCAGAGGGUACACCAGGGGAUAAUCAUGAAGUCCAGAUGGCUUACGAUGAAGUAACUGAUGACGGCAGCUCUCUUGGAUCGAGCCCAUACCAGUCUGAUGAAGAAAUCAUCAAGAGCCUGUUUGCCCAAGAAAAUGACUCCACGUCAAGUUCUGAUGACCAGGAACCACUUCAUGCAGAUUUUCCCUCGGGGGGAAUUAGCAAAGGCGAACGAAACCUAAUACUUGAUCAGACAGACCUCAAGAGGGCAACAGAUCCUGGUCACAGAAUAUUUCCCCAGUCUGCUAAGAAGUAUUUGGAGCUUAGUUUGCAGAACCCCGGUGGCAAAGUAGAUGUGAUUUCAAGAGAAAUCCAGAAUGUUCUACACCAACAUGUUGGUUGGGCCUACGUUGCACAUCAGAUGGCUCAUACUGACAAGUUUGAAUGUCGCAAACUACCUACCAUAUCCAUCUGUGACGUGGCUAUCAUUAGAGCCACACAACCACUACACAUCCUGACAUUUGUAGAGGACGGAGGCAAACAGGAGCAUGCAGUGGAGUACAAUGCCCAGCUGACGAGAAGCACCAUGGGUUUCAUCAAGGAGGAGACAGGUGUGUCACUUGAUGUCGUAUAUGGAGUUGUACCUGCGUCCACGUGGAAGGAUGAGAAGAUGUUUAAGGAGAAGCUAGAGCGUAUAGAAACUGUAGCCAGACGGAAGGCCUUACCUGGAUACCUCCACAUGGAUACCGAGAGAUACACAGCCAUAACCAACGCACUAGUUGACCUUUAUAGUGAACCAGGGUUGAAGGUUGAACUACAGCCUCAAGAGGACCCCCCAAACCCAGUGUCGGGUGAAGCUGAACCAGGAGUCUCACAGACUGAUACGAUGCAGCAGGGAGAAGACCUAGAAGCGGCUCGAAGAGACACAAGUCGUGACCAAUUCAUAAAUGCCUGCCGUUUCGGAGACCUGGAAACAGUCAGGGCCGCAAUGGGUGGGCUGGAUGUGAACGGCGCCGGAUCGAACGGGGUUACACCAUUAAGAGCGUCAAUAGAGAAUAGGCGGUUCACUGUCAUGGAGUUCCUUGUGGAGAAAGAAGCCAAUCCGACACUGGUGGACGGUGAAGGUCGAAAUAUUCUUCACUUGGCCAGCAUUAGAGGAGAUAAGCAGAAGGUGGAGUUUAUCCUCUCACUGAAGAAGAUGGACAUCAACGCCAAGGACAACGAAAGCAUGACAGCGGCCGACUUGGCGAGACACUGGAAAAAUGAAGAGGUGGUGGGAAUCCUGUCGUCCCAUAUGUCAAUUACAGGAUACUACUCAUCUCCGCUGCCGCCACAGGGACGCAACCCACGGCAAACUGGUUACCUGGUCUGUAACGACCAGCAAUGGGAUGCUGGGGAUACAUUCGACCCCGGGUCCCCACAGGGUUGCAAGUUACACACUAUGCAGGAGGCUGAACGUCUCCGCAAGAAAUUUCUUGAACACAAGUAUGACAAGGAAGGGAAGCUGAUAUGUGCGAAGAUCUUUAUAUUUGGCCCUGGUGGUGCUGGAAUGUCAUCCUUCUGUAAUGGCCUGAGAUCAGCACUGAAGGGUUCUGACACACCUUCCAACUACUACACAGUUAGAAAUCUCGACUGUUCACUUACUGGCACUUUCCAGGCUACACAAUAUGGAGAUCACUCGAUUAUUGACAUGCCAGGAAUUUUUGGAUCGAGUGCUUUCAAAAUGGAGGAUAUUGAAGCUAUUGCAUCCGGCAUGGUUGGCCAUGAAGCCCAGAUAACUAAAACUCUGGAUGUGAAAGGCGGCCUAUCUCAACAAAAGGCACGAAGGGAUGUGUCAUGUGCUGUGCCGGUUCUCAAUCAUGGCAUCACUCUGGUAGAUGAAUUGAAGCGUCAGAUAGAUACCAUCAUAGGGGGAUACGGCGCCCUGUCCUACCACCUGGUGCUGACUCACCUGGAUGAGUGUGACCCGCAGUUCGAGGACCAAGAUAAUCUCCCCAACCUGUACACUUCCCCUCUAGUACAGAAAGCAGUGAAGAACAUGUCAGAACAAACUGGCAUUCCAGGGUCGAACAUCAGUUACGUCAAGAAUUAUGUGACAGAAACAGAAACAGACACCAACACGAAGCUGCUUCACCUGAGAGCUCUUGACGGAAUCCUCACCUCUACAGCUGACCAAGUGGAGAAGAUGAUUGAUAACAAACUUCAAAAGAAAAAGCUUGCGUUAACCGACUGGGCCAUCCCAAUUUUAAUAUGCGCUGUUGGGAUACUUUUGUCCACUGCUCUGCUACGAAAAUAUGAAAGGCAUGUGUUUUGACAUUAGUGCAGCUGGCCAAGAAGGGACAGUGAUUUCAGACGUCAGUAGAACAUGUAUUGAGACGGAUCAGUCGUACAAGUCUUUAUAUCCGCUGCCGUGACAUGUUUGUGCCCUGUGAUAUGUACAUACGAACCCUGCGAAUGUAAAACCAUGCUCGUCUAUAAAUAUGUAGGCACAAUUAUCCUCAGUACAAUAUUAAUUAGUGUUCUUCGCGAUGAGACUCAAAACUUGUCCUCAAGAUGUCUUAAAAAUUUGAUUAAAUAAUGAAUAUAUAAAUAACACUAUUGAGUUUUUCAGUCUCGUAAAACAAAAAGCUACAUAUGUAGUUGUGAAUAAAAAGCUGAGUGCUACACACUCCUUACACACGCGAUGGGUGCUCAGGGUACAAGUCCUGAAGUACAUUUAAAUGUUCGAAUAUGUAAAUCGUCAAAUAGUUUGAAAAAUAUUCCAGAACUGUCUACCAUUCUGUAAACAUAGCAUUUGUAAGUUGUGAUUCUUCGCAUAUUCAUCAGAGCAUGUUUUGGACCGAGAGAAAAUAAUUCGACCAGUAGUGUGUAUUCCAGAAUUAUGGAGACUACUGAGCACUAAUAGGCUGCUUCUGUACAUCUAUAUAUGACGUUAUCAUAGAACGGCAGGAAAAUGUGAUGUCUUAGAGAUUGGCGUCGUAGAACUGAACCUUCCACGUUUCAUUUAUUGUUCUAUUAAAUGCUUAUAUUUUAACAUGCUAUGCUAUUAACAUAUUUUCUCUUGAUAUGCUAUUACCGCUUAUUCCUUCCAGCCAAACUACUCAAAACAGUACAAUAAGCGAAAGCCAUUAUGUUCACAGAAAAACGGUUCGCCCUUAAUUUCGUUAUAGUAUAACAGAGAUAAACUGUUCUGGCAUGGAGUGUGAGACGAACUGAUCAUUAUAAUUAGUUUUCAACUAACAGAUAUAUAACGAUUUAGUCCGAAUUCCUCCCUUUAUUGAAUAUUUGUUUCAUUGUCAUCAUAUAAACAUAUUUUGUGUCAUGUGCUGGAAUAUAGCUUGUUUGUUUUUCCACCUUUAAAUUUGUUCAGACACCAAAAAUAGAAAUUACGCUAUGAAACAUCUGUUAUCAUAAAAUUGUUCUUGAAAGUUGAAGAUCAAACUGACUUUUCACACGGAGCACACCACUUUACACUGUCAACCGUUUCAAAGCACAUUGGAUUUACAUUUUUCUAACCUGGGUUGAUAUAAAAAAUGAUCGUGACUUUGUUGAGACAUGGCUGUUUACCUAUUGCAAAGUCUUUGCUGCCGAGACCGCCUCCGUGGUCUAGUGUUAGAGCGUUGCCAGCCGCGUCAUACAAACGCCAAACCCAAAGACGUUUAAAGGUUCUAAUUGUUGUUUCCCUGCCUGGCGCUUGGCAUUAAGGGGCUAAAACAAGGACCGGUCGGCUCGGAGUCAGGACACUGUGUCUGAGUGGGGUAUUCAUGUUAAACUGCGGCAUGGUAUCUCAGUGUGCUAGCACUAUAAAUCGGCAUCAGUCAGGACUAGAACAAGCAGCCACACACAUGUAUUUGCAUGCACGUCGCUAUUAGUGCAUCAAUCUUGGACGCGACGUUAAGCCCGAUUCCACCUGACCACUUCUUUGCGUCUGACCACCGUCGUUUCCCGAUUUAAUUGCACUGACACAAGUGACAGGGUGGGGAUCAAGAUCAGCAGCGUAUAGAAGCCGUGUUACUCCUAUCUUGAGUAUUGGUAAUGUAGUUGAGUGUAUAGUGAUUGUAUUUAAUAUUUAAUGCUUGUGCUUCCGAGAUAAUGUCCUCGCGGUAUGCAACACUUCAUAUACAAAAGCUAUAUACAUUGUAUUGUCAGUUUACUUAAUUACAUACACUGCCUACUGUUAAGGUGGCAAUGACAAACUUUCUUACAUUUACCAAAAUGAAAAAAAGAAAUUUUAAAUGGUAUCUUUUAUUCAAUAGUGAUCAAUGCUUAUUAGAGAUACGUUUGAAAUGCAUGUUAUACCCGAAACACAAUGAUAUUUUCUUGACAUAAUGGGUACCACUGGAUGUAUUGUCGCUGUUUGUUUAUGUUUGCCUUGAAUAGUUUUAGUGAUAAUAAAUUUUAUUAGCUCAG